ACAAAAAGCAUUUAUAUGACAUCUUUAUAUUAAUAAAUUGUACUCGUAAAUGUUGAUAUACAUGGUAUUUUAUAUUAGAAAAAGGAAUUUUCGUUGGUCAAAGUCCAGAAAAAAAAUAUGAUGACAUAUCAUUUUAUAAAUAAUCAUUUUCAUAAAAUUUUAUUAUUAUUUUAAAUAGAUGAAACUAAUUUUUUUAUAGAAUUUUAUGAAUGUUAGUUUCCCCAGUUAACACCGUUGGUAUAUAUAUGAUUUGUGAGGGAGGAAAAUUGACUAGGGUUUCUUGUCUUCCAGCGUAGGUUCAAAGCUCAACAAUUCGUUUUCGUUUCUUCCUUCCAUUAAAAUCAAUCCAAUUCCAUGGGUUCUGCUUGCAAGGAUGAGAGGGAGGAAGUAAUUCAAGCAUGGUAUAUGGAUGAUAGCAAUGAAGACCAAAGGCUUCCCCAUCAUAGAGACCCAAAGGAAUUUGUUUCUCUAGACAAACUUGCAGAACUUGGGAUCCUUAGUUGGCGUUUGGAUGCUGAUAACUAUGAAACUGAUGAAGAACUGAAGAAAAUCCGUGAAUCACGUGGAUACUCAUAUGUGGAUUUCUGUGACAUUCGGCCAGAAAAGCUUCCAAAUUAUGAAGAAAAGAUCAAAAGCUUUUUUGAAGAGCAUCUUCAUACUGAUGAGGAGAUCCGCUAUUGUGUUGCUGGAAGUGGAUACUUCGAUGUGAGAGAUAAAAAUGAUGCUUGGAUUCGCGUUUGGGUUAAGAAAGGCGGCAUGAUUGUGUUGCCAGCUGGCAUUUAUCAUCGCUUCACACUUGAUUCAGAUAACUACAUCAAGGCAAUGCGGCUUUUUGUUGGUGACCCAAUUUGGACUCCGUUUAAUCGACCACAUGAUCACUUGCCUGCAAGGAAAGAAUAUCUUGAAACUUUUGUGGAGAAGGGGGACAGUGUUGUUGAUGCAGCUGCUUGAGAGUUGAGAAAUAAUAUUUGUUGCAAUUAUUAAAAUAAGCAGUAGUGGCUUGCUAUGCUGCUGUAUUCUAUCUCAAUUUUAACAACCUAUGUAUGUAUUAACAUUAACUUUGUGCCUAAAUCAUAUAUAUGCAUAUGGUUAUGUUGCUCUAUAAAUCCAUAUGGUGUUCCCUACUUUAGCGUGCUCGUUAUGAGAAAAUGAUAUUUGACUAAAGGUUAUUCA